UCAAGGGUCAUCCAGCCACCCGCCCGUUUGCUUUGUUCUCUCUUCUCUUCUCCCUCUUCCGACUUCACGAUCUCUCCCCAUCCGAUCAGAUCCAACAGCUUUGCAUCAAAUCGCGAACCUGUUCUCAGUCAUCACUUUUACUUUAUCAUUUAAUCGGAUUAAUAUUUCAAUAUGUCUAUGAAUCUCGACAAGUCUCUCGAUGAGAUCAUCUCCCAGAACCCCUCCGCUAGACGGAGAGGACGUGGAGGACGUGGCGGCCUGAAGGGUGCUCGUGGUGCCACCGGUGGCGGUGUCCGCAAGGCCGCUACCAAGCCGGUUGUUCGUGCUGCUGCGAAGCCUGCGGCCUCGCUCGAUCCUACUUCCAGAUUGGAUAAUGACAAGAUCAUCAUUUCUAACUUGCCGGCUGAUAUUGACGAAUCGUCAAUCAAGGAAUACUUUGCCCAUGAGAUUGGUCCUGUCAAGAAGUGCAGUCUUGCCUUCAACAAGAACGGAAAGUCCAUUGGCGUUGCCACCAUGGUUUUCAGCAAACACGGCGAUGCCAGCCGCGCUUUCAAGCGUUUCAAUGGAGUUCCUAUCGACAAUGGAAAGAAGAUCCUCUCCAUUGAGCUUGUUGUGGACCCCAACAGAAAGACCCUGGCCGACAGAAUCCAGGCCAAGCCCGAGGUUGUAGCUGCCGCUGCUGCCAAGUCCAAGCGUGGAAAGAAGGGUCCUGCCGCUGCUGUUCCUGCUGCUGGUGCUGCCACUCGCGGAGGCCGCAAGGGACGUGCUCGCCGGCCAAAGAAGACUGUCGAGCAGCUCGAUGCCGAGAUGGCUGACUACUUUGUCCAGUCUGGCAGCGCUCCCGCUGCUGCUGGAGCCGCCCCUGCCGCUGCUCCUGCCGCCGCUGCGCCUGCCGUCGAUAUGGGUGAUAUCCCCAUGUAAGGCGUGUUCUUUUUUCGAGAACAAAUGGUUUUUCGUGGGUUAUGAAUGGGUAGUAUCCAAGAUGGUAUCGCAAGACACUCUGGAAUAUGUAUAAGGUUGUUUGCUUGAGGGUUUAAUUGUAUUGUUAUAAAUUAUGAAAUGAAUAUUGGCACAUGGCUUUGUUAAAUUAUUGCUCUUCAUCUAUGUAGAUAAU